CCAACGAAGAAUACACCACCAAUCGCUACACGGAGAUUCGUCAGUGACAGCAUAAUAAUUUAUACCCAAAUUUAUGACACCUACCCCAUUCUUUCUGCUCUUCUGAUCUGAGAUCACUACGAGAUCGUUACCGAGGGGAAGAUGGCUGACGAGACUAUUCGCUUGCUUCGACGCGUUUUAGGUUUCUUUUCUUUCUUGCUUUUCGGCUCGUUUCUGGUUUCGAGUCGUUCCUUUCCGUUAAGAAUAAUUCAAGUCCAUCCUACGUUUGGGUGGAUAGCAAACAUAAACCGUGAGUGUCUUGCCCGAUCCCGAUUCUUUCCGUCUCCGUCUUCUUCUCCUCCUUCCCUCCACGAGAGGAACAGUCCACCUCAUCGAUCUCGCUUGUUCCCCUCCCUUCGAAACGCGCCGUACAAACAAAAUGAUUAAAAGAAAAAGGGUAAUACCCCUACUUGACCAAACCCCUCUUCUCGCUCGUCCACAAACCGGGCGGGAAGAUGGGGACUGUCGACAGAACCAAAAUUUCUCUAAAUUCAAUGUCUUCAACCAUAUGAUGUUUUGUACCUACCCC